ACAAGUAAAAAAAAGUUACACAACAGCAGAUAUGAAUGUUUUGUAAUCCUAGAAGCAUAUAAAACAUGAGAUCAGUAUCCCUUCUAUCAGUCUUUCGGCAAGCAUCAGCUCAGUACACAUCAGAAUGGCGUCGAAAGUUGUCCUUGCGGCGGCGGCUCUGUGCGGCGUCCUGUCCGCAGCCUCCGGGCGGGUCGCUCCCCGGCUGGAGAUCGGGGAGUGUGCAGAGUUCAUCAGCAAACCCGAAUUCAAUUUGCCAGAGUAUCUGGGUCGGUGGUUCGAGGUCCAGAAGUUCGAGAACCCCUUCCAGCUGGGAAUGGAGUGCGUGACGGCAGACUACACUCCCAUCGACUCGUCCUCCAUCAACGUGUACAACAACGGCGUGGGCGGCGACGGAGAAUUCAUCGGCAUCGUCGGCAACGCGUCUCUGAUCGACCCGAACUUCCCGGCAGAAUUCCAGCUCAACUUCGCGGGUCGCCCGGCCGGCCGCUACAACGUCCUGGAGACCGACUACGAGACUUUCAGCGCUGUGUAUGCGUGCACGCAGCUGGACCUCUUCAAGCAGGAGUUCGCGUGGGUGCUGGCCAGGACGCCCCAGCUCGCCCCCGACGCCCUGCAGCAGGCCGUGGACGUCUUCGCUGCCUUCAACAUCGACGUCACGAGAUUCCAGCUGACCGACCAAGGGGAGACCUGCGUGUACACCAGUCCCCCGGAAACUAAUUAAUACGAGUUCGACAUGAGCGUCAUUUGAGAACUUAUUUCACGUUUGGCAUUUGGGAGUAACAUGGCGAAUGUUGUUGUUAGGUGAAAAUAUUAUAACAUAUUAUUUAUUGAAAUAAAUUAUUCUCGAUUUUA